AUUGAUUCAUGCCGUGCCAAAAUUAAUUUUUGCGUGUCAAUAUAAAUAAAAAAAACGACUGCUUUUCUCUGUUGAGCCGCCUAAAUCCUAAUAAUACUAAAAUAAAGGCAACCAAAUCCAUUUUCCCCCAACCAAAAUCAACAGCGUUGUCCCUUAUUCAAGCUCCCGCAGCGAAAUCCAACCGCAAGAAGGGUGUUAGAGCAUCUGGGAAUCGUGGUAUUGAUAUUUUCUUGGAACUUCAGGCAGUUGGCCUUCGCGGAGUAGGCAAUUGUCCGUAUUCAUAUUUGAACAUUGUGAUUUAGAACAUGUUGGGUAAAAAAGAAGAGAAAUCUCAGGCUGCUGCUGAAAGGAUCAAGGCUGCAGCCUUGAGUGCUGCAAAAGGUCUUAGUCGAGCUCAGGCUGAAAGGGCAGCUGCUUCUGCUGCACGCAACGUUAAUGCUUAUGGGCAGAAGGAAGAAGGUCCCAGCAGAUGGCAGGAGAAAAGGGAAGCCAAGAGACAGAUGUAUUUGAUGAGUACUGAAAAGGCAGUAAGAUUGGGUGAACGAAAAGACCUUAAGUCGAAUCUAACUACCAUUAGUGGUGCAGCUUCACAAUGCCAGAAGUGUUUCCAGCCCGGGCAUUGGACAUACGAAUGCAAGAAUGAACGUGUUUACAUCUCGCGACCGUCUAGGACCCAACAACUCAAGAAUCCUAAACUGAAGAUGAAGGUCUCAGUAUCCUACGAUUUGGAUAUUCCAGGUAUUAAGGAAGAGAAGGGUGAAAAGCAGUCAAAUAAAAGCAAGAGGAAGCAUCAAGCAGCUUCUGAUUCUGGCAGUGAUAGUGAGGCUUCAGUUUUUGACACUGAUAGUGGGGCAUCAUCAAUUACAGGAUCUGAUUAUUCUUCAGAGGAGAGUAGUUCUGAUUACAGUUCAUCUUCUGAUUCAGAGGAGGAAAGGAGGCACAGAAGGAAGAAAAAGAAGCAAAAGAUGGGAAGGCGGCGGAGAAGGAACAGCUCAUCAUCUGAAUCUUCUGAGACAGAGUCAGCUUCCGAAUCUGAUUCUGAUGAUAGGAGGAGCCGGAGGAAGAGCAGGAGACACAGCAGAAAGCGUUAAUUGAUGUGAUGGAGCAUAAAGGAGAGCGCUUGUGUAUGGUUCUUCAAGAUAUGUUACGUUCAAAUUAGUUCAGUUGUGAUUUUGGGGCUUCCUAGAUGAAGGAUUAUCCAUGGUCUGAAGCAAAAUAAUCUUUGUAGGUGUUUCUUGUGAUGUCGUACUUUGUGACCCUUGCUUUAUUUGAACUUGCACUGUACUUGGGGUACUGUUUUUAUAGAUCAAGUUCUUAUUUGGUAAA